UGUGUGUGUAUGUGUGGGCCCCACAGUCCUACUCCCAUAUGGGCAGCAACACUAUCAGACACUAGUUAUUGGUAGUUGUAUUGUUUGUGAUGGUACAGACACACUGUCCAUAUAACACCCAGCAUGUCUAAGCUCUCCUCGAACACCAGUUUGUCAUUUCCCUGUGUGUGUGUGUGUUAUCUCUGGCAGAUGCUGAGGAAACGUCCCAACGGCUCCCUCCACCGGUCUGAAAGUCAGCAAGCUGUGAAAUCCCCCCCUCUACUGGACACCCCUGACCCAAACCAAGAACAGAUUGUCAAACUCUCAACCAAGCUGAGCUCUGUGUCACUCAGAGGGAUCAGCGCCUCCAACUCGGCCAACGACGUCAGCGGCAACGAUUUCCAUGGCAACUAUGCCUUUGAGGGGAUCGGGGACGAUGACCUGUAAUAUUUCCCCCCCCCCCCGCAAAGAUUCCAAGCCGAGCUGAGCCAAGCAGAAAGGAGUUGGUUGUCUGAUUCUGCCAGAUUGUAGCCUGAGGGUCUGCUGCCCACCAUGUGUUCUUGUUUCAUCCUCUUCAUAAAGUCUGCAUCCCAAGUGGCCCUCUAUUACAUACAGUGCACUACUUUUGACCAGAGUCCUAUGAGCCCUGGUGUAGUGCACUAUAUAGUGAAUAGGGUGCCAUUUGGGACACAGACAAAACAGCCAUCUAUCUCAGUGGUUCCCAACCUUUUUUUUUAAACCGUGGCACACCUUGAUGGGAGAUAUAAUUCUGCGGCACACCUAAAAAUAUCCCUGUUAAUUUAGUUGGUGGUAAUGACCUCCAUCUCAUCUGAAACAUACUGCAAAUCAUCUAUUUUCUGUGACAAACGUGUUUUAUAGAUUAAAUAGGGAUUAUUUUGAACUA